AGAGUAUAAGUGCAGCGCCUGUCUUCUAUUCUUCUAUCACUACUCCGUGCAUUCGCGUUUCUCUCAAAGCUCAAGCUCCUUUUUUACUUUGUCUUCGCCAUGACAGUACCAGUCAUCGUUGCGGCCGUCUUGGUCCUCACCUAUCUAGCAUACCGAGUCCUCUACGGCACUGACACGCCGAAAAUCAAAGGUAUUCCCGAGAUCCCAGGCCUGCCUCUAUUUGGAAGUCUAAUAGAGCUGGGCGAAAACCAUGCCAAGGUUGCACAGGGAUGGGCGAAAAAGUACGGGCCAGUCUUUCAAGUGCGGAUGGGUAACCGACGAAUCGUGUUUGCAAAUUCCUUUGACUCUGUCAGACAUCUGUGGAUCACCAACCAAUCUUCCCUGAUAUCAAGACCGACGCUACACACCUUUCACAAGGUUGUGUCCAGCUCUCAAGGGUUUACCAUAGGAACAUCUCCUUGGGAUGAAAGCUGCAAGCAGCGCCGAAAGGCUGCAGCAACGGCAUUGAACCGACCCGCGGUCCAAUCCUACAUGCCCCUGAUUGACCUCGAAUCAUACGUCAGCAUCAAAGAGCUACUCCAAGACAGCAAAGGUGGCGAGAUCGAUCUCGAUCCGCGAGCUUACUGGCAACGCUAUGCCCUCAAUACUUCACUUACCCUGAACUAUGGAUACCGCAUUAAUGGCGACAAGGACGAUGCGCUCCUAAAAGAGAUCACCGAUGUCGAGCGUGGUGUAUCAAAUUUUAGGAGCACGAGUAAUAAUUGGCAGGACUACAUCCCCUUGUUGCGAUUGUUUCCCAAGCAGAGCAGUGAUGCAAAUAAGAUGCGAAUCCGGAGAGACAUUUAUAUGGACAAGCUUCUUGCGAUCUUGAAGGAGCGAAUUGCCAACGGAACAGACAAGCCGUGUAUCACUGGAAAUGUGAUCAAGGAUCCAGAGGCGAAGUUGAAUGAAGCUGAGAUAAAGUCCAUUUGCCUCACCAUGGUAUCCGCUGGUCUAGACACAGUUCCCGGAAAUUUGAUCAUGGGGAUUGCUUAUCUGGCCUCAGAACAGGGCCAAUGCAUCCAGGCCCGAGCAUACGAAGAGAUUCUCAAAGUCUACCCCGAUAACGACGCCUGGGACAGAUGCCUGCACGAAGAGAAGGUGCCAUAUGUCACGGCGCUCGUUAAAGAGAUCCUGCGAUUCUGGACAGUUAUCCCAAUAUGCUUACCUAGAGUAUCCAUUAAGCCCAUUGAGUGGAACGGAGCUAUUAUCCCUACAGGCACUACCUUUUAUAUGAACGCGUAUGCCGCGGACUACGACGACACCCAUUUCAAGGACCCAUUCAAGUUCAUACCAGAACGAUAUCUUGGGGAUGUGGAUGGUACUCCUCAUUACGGGUACGGCGCUGGAAGCCGGAUGUGUGUGGGGAGCCACCUGGCAAACCGAGAGUUGUAUACGGCUUUUGUGAGGCUUAUCAGUGCCUUUAAAUUCACGCCGCCAAAGGAUCCAAGGGAUGCACCUGUGUUGGAUUCUUUGGAUGCAAACGCCAUCCCAACCAGCUUGACCAUGGAACCGAAGUAUUUCAAAGUUGGGUUCAAACCAAGGAAUCGGGCGUUGCUGGAGAAGUGGAUUGCAGGUAGCGAGGAGAGGACUCGAGAGUUAAUGUGAAAGAAAAUCUGGCUCCGUGAUGGGGGAAUAGCUGUUUGUUUGUUGAUAGUCCUGCAUAGGAGCGUAUGUG